GCGGCCAGAUCAGUUGUUAAUCUAAUUUAGAGCUGAACAGUGCCACGAAUCAUUAUGUUAGCUUUAAAUAGCCCAUUUAAAGGGCUACUGCUCUGCAGUUUUCUGGCCAUAUUGCAGUGCAUAUCUGCAGAAGUUGGAAAACUGGUCUGCUUCUACGAUGCCAAGAGUUUUGUGCGAGAAGGCCCCGCCCAAAUGUCAUUGGCCGAACUGGAGCCCGCCCUGACUUUCUGCAACUUUCUGGUCUACGGUUAUGCGGGCAUCGAUGCUGAAACCUACAAGAUCAAGAGUUUGGAUCCAACGUUAACCCACGACCGCCAGCACUAUCGUCACAUAACGGAUCUGCGAAAGAAGUAUCCGCAUGUCCGAUUCCUGCUCUCGGUGGGCGGCGAUCAGGACUUGGACAGCGAGGGCGUGGCAGAUAGUGGCAAGUACUUGAGAUUACUGGAACAGCCGGAGCAUAGAAAAAAUUUCCAGGCGAGUGUGGUGCAUGAACUCAACAGCAAUGGCUUCGAUGGACUCGAUCUCUCCUGGCAGUUCCCAAAAAACAAGCCCAAACUGCAGCAGGGUGUUUUUAAGCGGGUUUGGGGCUCCUUCCGUGGCUUCUUCACUUCCACAUCGGUGGAUGAGAAGGCUCAGGAGCAUCGGGAGCAGUUUGCGGCCCUUCUUGGAGAAUUGAAAUCCGAUUUGCGACGUAGUGGCCAGCUCCUGACUGUCAGCAUGCUGCCCCAUGUUUCAGCAGAACUUUUUAUUGAUGUUCCCACUGUACUGAGCCACGUGGACUUCGUCAACCUGGGCACCUAUGACUUUCAGACUCCGGAACGCGAUCCCAAGGUUGCUGAUCUGCCAGCUCCACUGUACGAAAUGUACGACCGGAAUCCCAACCACAAUGUGCAGUACCAGGUGCAGUAUUGGUUGAACCAGACAUCCCAAAUCAGUGCACACAAGCUGCAUGUUGGAGUGGCCAGUUACGGGCGUGCUUGGAACAUGACCCGGAACUCUGGAAUUACCGGCUAUCCACCAAUUCCGGCGGCUAAUGGAGCUGCUCCGGCGGGCAGGCAAACAGUCAUUCCCGGAUUACUCAGCUGGCCGGAGACGUGUGAGCUGCUGCAACAGCAACCGAAGGAUCGGGAUGUGCCCCAUCUGCGGAAGGUGGGCGAUCCCACCAAGCGUUUCGGCAUCUACGCUUAUAGGGCGGCGGAUGAGAAGGGCGAGAAUGGCCUAUGGGUGGGCUACGAGGAUCCCACAACGGCGGCCAUCAAGGCCGAGUUCGUACAGUCCCGUGGUUUGGGCGGGGUGGCCUUCCACGACCUAUCUCUGGAUGACUUUCGAGGUCAAUGUGCCGGCGAAAAGUUUCCCAUCAUGCGGAGCAUCAAAUUUAAGCUAUAGAUCUGCUGUUCACAUCUAAUGGAAAUAAAACAAUUUAAAAAAAAAAGGAGGCUUAGUUGUAGAGACUGGUUUUUGUUCAACUUUCAUAAAUUAUUCACUGCCUAAUUUUAAAAUGUAAUGCAAUAAUUUUAUUGGCCGCAAUUCGUUUUGAUUCCCUAAAUAAGGCACAAAAACAUCAUACAAUUUACAUUUUCCAUUUUCUUUAACAUCCUCUUUUAACACUUACUUUCAAAAAAUUAGAAUUUUUAAUUUUGCUUCGAUUUCUGUUUUCCCAAAGAUUAUUAUAUUUACUAAAUUAAUGAGGUUUUGCACAUAAUAUUAAUAACAAACUAUAAGAUGGGCCGCAAAAGCUAUAACAAUUUUUUACAGAUUCCGUACGACAUCAAAGUUUUACUGCUUGAACAAAAUGGUACAUUUCUGUAGUAAUCCAAAAAAUAAAAACCACUAAUAUAA